AGUGCGAGACAAUUUUCGUUGGCUCUGUUUGUAAACUUUUGUGCGGUUUAUGCCGAUGUUGCCGAAGAAAUGGAGCCAAAGCAGAAGGAUCAGGCCCAAAAGCGGGACGAACCCGGCUCCCAGAAUGAGUCCCUGACCAUAGUGCAGUCCAUGACCUCAUUCUACAUUUACAAUCCCUACGAGAAGCGAAGCGUGGAGGUGCCAUUGACUAAUUUCGAUGCGUUUAUUUCCCUGCUAAAAUGUGUGAUUGGAACGGGAAUCCUGGCGAUGCCCCUGGCCUUUCGCUGCUCGGGUUUUGUGGUAGGCGCCGUGAUGUCCGUCCUCCUGAUGAUCCUGCUGACUUCCUCCAUCCACUUGCUGAUAGCUGGCAUGACGGAGUGCUGUCGAAGGCGUCAGGUUCCCCAGGUUUCCAUGCCGGAAGCAGUGAAAAUUGCCUACGAAGAGGGUCCCAAAUGCGUGAGAUGCUUUGGUGGUGCAGCUGGUUUCAUGACCACCUGUGUCCUGGUUUUCGGACAAUUCCUGCUGUGCACCGUCUACCUGGUUUUCGUGGCCAAGAACUUCAAGGAGAUCGGUGAUCAUUAUUGGGAAAAGUACAAUGAGAGGUAUUAUGUGUUGGUCGCUUGCCUGUUGCUUCUACCGCUUUUCAUGAUCCGCCGACUGAAGUAUCUGGUUCCCUUGAAUUUGGUUUCCAACUGCAUGCUUUAUUUGGGAUUUGCCCUUAUUAUGUACUAUCUGUUCAGCGGUCUUCCCGAUAUCACUGAUCGAGAAUUGGUCAAGCCUCCUGUGGAAUGGAUUGAGUUCUUUGCCAUCGCCGCCUUUUCACUCACAGCAGUGGGUUCGAUGCUUGUCGUUGAGGCUCAUAUGGCCCAUCCGCAGAGUUAUCUCGGGAUCUUCGGAGUCCUUAACCUGGCUGUUUUCUUUAUCCUGCUAUCCAAUAUGUUUUUCGGCAUUAUGGGGUAUUGGCGAUUUGGCGAAGAUGUUGAAGCGAGCAUCACCCUCAAUAUUCCCAAGAGUGAAAUACUUUCUCAGCUCAUUAAAGUCUUUAUAGCCUUGGGUAUCUUUUUAAGCUAUCCGCUGAAUGGUUUUGUUGUGAUCACUGUAAUCUUCAGCGACUAUGAUAACUCCAGUGAGAAAGGCAAGCAUCGUACGCUUAUUGAAUAUAUAGUGCGGCUAACCUUUCUGAUACUCACAGGUGCUGUGGCAGUGGGAGUGCCCAAUUUGGCGGCCCUCACAGAAUUGGAGGGUGCUUUCUCGUUGAGCAAUCUGAACCUAUUGUGUCCGGCCUUGAUCGAUUUAUUUCUCAACUAUAGCACAGGAUAUGGCCGGUUGAAGUGGAGGUUGAUUCGGGAUAUAUUGCUCAUACUGAUUGGUCUGAUCUUUGGAAUAGUGGGCUGCACAGUGGCCAUGAUCCAGCUGGUUCACGACUUCCGGGUGACGCUUAGCAACAUGUAGGAGAAGCCCACUUAUUUCGGGGUUUUCGCCGGCUUCUGGUGCUCAUUGUUGGCAAUAAAAUCGGAUUUUCCAA